AUGAGCAGCAUAUAUAGGCCUUUGCGGUGUUUUUACCCACACAAGGCCUUCUUGAUUGCGACUCGCAGACGAAACGUCCUUGGAUCGUGCUUUUAUUCGUCACAUCCUACUGGUACCUCGUCGUCCUCACCCUCGCCGUCGCCGUCGCCAUCGAACGAUGAGAAGUGGUCCCACCCCCCAAGCACAGCGACUGUGACAGACGAUGAAAUUGCAGACCUCACCAACAAGAAACAACACCCGUUGAGUCUUGCUGAUUUGGUCAAACAUGGCUGGCCACCUCUUUCGGCAGAAGCUCUUUUCUCGUCAGCUAAUUUCACCCUCUCCCUGCUGCCUAUACGGCUGGCCCAUCGCAUCCAGGCACUGCGAAAUCUACCAUUUAUCGUAGUCUCGAACCCCAACAUUAGCAAGAUCUACAAUAACUACUUGCACUCAUUAUCGACUCUACUACCUUGGAAGCACCGCACCAUCAACAACCUAGAUGGCGAGAUCCUCUUCACUUCGGUUCUAGCUGAGCUAGUCCACACGCACCAAGAUACCAUCCCUAUCCUAGCCAAGGGAUUUCUCGAGUGUCGGCAGUGUAUCUCUUCCCAGGAAGUCACCCGUUUUCUGGAUACUCACCUGCGCACCCGUAUCGGCACCCGCCUCAUCGCCGAGCAGCACAUCGCCUUGCACUACAGCAGUCUCCCGCACUUCGACCCUUCCGCUUCGCCGACCCCCUGCCCGGAGCACCCCUCGUACAUCGGUGUUAUCGACACCGCGCUCUCGCCCUCCGCAGUCGUGGACUCGUGCGCCGGCUUCGUAGCCGACAUCUGCGAGCUGAAGUACGGCGUGCGGCCGCACUGGGUCAUCGACGGCGAGCCCUCGACCAGGUUCGCCUUCGUGCCCAUGCACCUCGAGUACAUCGUGACGGAGCUGCUCAAGAACGCGUUCCGCGCUACCGUCGAGAGCGGCCGCAACCGCGAGCCCGUCGUCAUCACCAUCGCCCCCGAACCCCCCGACGCCGGCCCGCCCCGCGUCACCCUCGACCCACCCGCCGGCGACAAGGGCGCCUUCAAGAGCGACGCCAUCAAGCCCCUCGACGGCAACGCCCCGGGCGUUACCAUCCGCAUCCGCGACCGCGGCGGCGGUAUCGCCCCCGACAUCUUGCCGAAUAUUUGGAGUUAUAGCUUCACUACCUUUAUGGAGGAAGACGAGAUCCCAGGCAGUAGUGGCAGCAGCAGCAGCGGGAACGGCUGUGGUGCUAGCAACGACGCGUUGAGCGUGAUUUCCGCGUCUGGGGGCAGCGGGAGCUCUAUUGCCGGCUUGGGCUACGGAUUACCGCUUAGCCGCGCGUACGCGGAGUACUUCGGCGGCGGGAUAGCCGUGCAGAGCUUGUACGGCUGGGGCACCGACGUUUACUUGCGGCUGAAAGGCGUCGGCAAGAUUGAUCAUAUAAGUCCGUGA